AUGGCUUCUACAGACUCUUCCGAUGAUCCUCCUCCGGCGACCAACACUGACGUCGUCGUCAGACGACCCCUAAACCCAACAGCACCUUACUUCUUCCCCAGAAACCCUUCUCUUCAUCGUUACUACUUCUCUCCCCCGCCGAUAUACUUCAUCUCUGACACUAAUCUCCCUCCUCCGGCAUCUAUCUUUGUGUUUUACCCUCUAUCCUAUAUAAACCCUAACCCCAAUCAGUUUGAGUCCAUUCAAGAAAAGCCUCUUCUUCACUCUCCAAACCCUAGCCUAGAGAUGUCUCCUUCUCCAACCAGCAGAAAGAAGGUUUUUGGCCGGAGAGGAAGAAGUGGACACGAUAAGAAGGUGGCACGGAGGAGACGGCUCAACUAUCAAGUUGAAUCCAAAGCUGAUCGUAUCACAACCGUCAUGCUUCGCAACAUACCAAACAGAUACACGAGAGAGAUGAUGAUUGAGUUCUUGGAUAAGCACUGCGAAGAAGAAAAAAAAGGGGAGAAAGAUGAAGAGUUUCCAGUCUCUUCCUAUGAUUUCUUAUAUCUUCCCAUGGACUUCAAGAGUACUUUGAACAAAGGGUAUGCUUUUGUGAACUUCACAACUGAAGAAGCGGUAUCGAAGUUUAAAGCUGCUUGCAACAACAAGCCAUGGUGUCAGUUCCGCUCAAGAAAAGGCAAAGCUGAGUUGGUGAAACAUUUCAAACAAAUGACAUAUCCAGUUGAGGCGUACAGUGCCGUCUGUUUCAGCCCAGCUCGUAGCGGACCGAAGAAUACGGUUCAAGUCAUCAUGGUCGGUAAAUGCACCGAACCAAUGAUAUCGGUUUAG